AUGGAUGGCCUUUGUUCAAGCCUCUCUUACGAAGGCCGCGAAACAACACCACCUCUCGCUGGAUCGGACAAGGAUGAGCCUGACGACCUAACGCGUCACAUUCUUCGCGUUGACAAGGCGCUGUUCCAAUCCACCAGGAAUUCAAACCAAAGCACACUCGGAGACCCGUCCCUCACCGUCUCCAGCCUCUGCGAGGGCCACAAAUGGGUUCUGUCUGCUGGCCGGCUCCUGCGCAGCAACCGGAUUUCUCCCAUCCUCACCAUACUCUACAGCGAGUGGCUUCACCAGCUCACUUGCUUGCGCAUUGUUUUGGUCGGUACUGAGAACUUUGAGGAGGUGGUACUCAAACUGAACAACCGGGCACGACAGGGGACGCGGCCAGCCAAGGACAUCUUCGAGGCCUGCAGGAUUGGAGACCUCAGACAACCGAAGCGGUAG